ACCUAACCUCCUCACCGAAGCUGGGACGCGUAGGUCUCCUCACACUUGAUUCAUAUAGCGCAUCGACGAUGGCACCUCCUAUUGUGAAUUCCGCCCACCAACCUGGAUCUACGUGUCUCGCAUUCUCUCGGGAUGGCGCACGCGUCUAUACUGGAGGAACCGACUCGAUUGUGCGGAUAUGGAGGACAGACCUUGGAACAGACCAGGAACCAGAUGCUGCUGUGGAGGCUAAUGAGGCGAUCACUUGCCUCGCUGCUGGGCACCAUUGUUGGUUCUCUGGUAGUCACGACUCGGAAGUGAGGAAAUAUGAACAUGCCAAGUGGGAGAUGGACGGCCUUGUCACCAGCGCUGCCGGAGUCGCGAUACGGAGCUUGGCAGUGGACCCGCAGGGCAGCCGGAUAGCAGUAACGUCUGAUGAAACGAUUGUCAAAGUCAUCGACCUGGAUGAUACCACCAAGGUAGUGUUGUUAAAGGGUCACACGAAAGCCGUGCGUAGGGCGACAUGGCAUCCGUCGGGCUCGCUACUGUCGACAAGUGGCGCCGAUGGCAAAAUCAUCAUUUGGGACAUCUCUGAAGGCGAAGGCAAGGAGGUCAAAACUAUCGAGGGCAUGCUCCCCGCGGUGGCAAACUCCGAGUCUGACGAAUUCGCAUAUGACUGCUCUGUUGCGUGGCACCCUUCUGGCCAACACUUUUACGUUGCGACGCGAACGCAUGAAAUUGUCACCGUCUCUCGCAAUGACUGGUCCAAGUCUUCCACAUUCUCCGACGACGCCUCGUCAGGAGCCAUCACGGCGCUUGCCCUGUCCAAGAAUGGGGUCUAUCUCGUUUCCGCAUCCAAGUCCGGCGUGUUCGUCUGGUCCACGCAGACGCGACGGCUAUUGUAUCGCUAUGAGGGCAUACCCUCGCCUGUCACUGAAAUAGCCUUCUCCCCUUCGCAAAAUCUCAUUGCGUGGACCGACCUCGAAGGUACCUUCACCCGUUGGCCGGAGCCUAUCCCCGCCUCCGCUCCCGACCCCCUCAAGCCCUCUGCCGCCUCGAGCGCCACCGGCGUGCAGAAGAAGCGUGCGAGGACCCCGACACUAUUCGACAUUGAGGCAGACAAGGAGUUCGCGGGCAAGGAUGCGGGCGGGGAUGUAGACGUGGACGACGAUGUCGGCGUAGAUCUGGACAACGAUGACUGGAUUUUGGAUGACUUGGGCGGCGGCAUGGACGACGACGACAAGAAGUGGAGUGCAAAGGAUGGGGUCAAAGAGAUGGUCAGUGUCACCAAGGCACAACCGGCCUUCCAGCCUGGGUCAACACCAAUGGAAAACAAGAAACGAUACCUAGCGUAUAACAUGAUCGGGGUCAUCGAGAUCACCGACCAGGACACUCAUCACAUCGUCAAUGUUGAGUUCUACGACAAGACCGCGCGGAAGAGCUACCACUUCACGGACCAUUUCAAGUAUGAUUUGGCUUCACUCGGCGAGCGCGGGGCAGCCUAUGCCUGCCAGCCUGAGAACGAGCACCCGGCGCACGUCAUCUACAAACCCUACGGCACCUGGGCCGCACAGGGUGAAUGGACGUACGAUCUCCCAAAGGGUACUCGCGUUCUUGGCGUUGCGGCGGGCGGUCCCCCGCCGACGAAGUCACUCCGCGAGAAGUCGGACGCAGACAUGCAAGGCAACGGCAAUGUGGUCAUUGCUACGAGUACGGGCGAGCUUAUCUUCCUGACCGGAACGGGCAUCGAGCGGUGUGUUCUGAGCUUGCAGGGCGACUUCGUGACGAUGGUCGCUUCACCAGAAUGGGUAUUCGUAGUGACGCGCGACGGCGCAACGACGAUGGAUGGCUCGCAGAACCUGAUGGGCAGACUGAUACAAUUCGAUGACUUUUGCGUGCUGCAGAAGGACGCAUUGCCUGUGCCGAAGCGCCACACACUGAAGUGGAUCGGGGUCACUGAAGAAGGCGCCCCAGCCACAUACGAUUCCGCUGGUAUUCUCAAUAUCAUGCCAAGAUUCCGGUUGCCCUUCGCCGCAACCUGGACCCGAGCACUUGACACCAACCUCCUAGACCGACGAGAAGGCAAACAGGAGUCAUACUGGCCUGUCGGUCUUGCCGGCGAGACAUUCAUGUGUUUGAUUCUGAAGGCAAGAACACCCUACGUUCCCUCGACCUCUAUGCAAGAACUGGCGCUGAAGCUUCCCUUUCACCGUCAAGACCCCAAGGAAGCACCUCUGAAGAACAAAUGUUACUUGACAUCUCCGCGACGGUCUUGGCGACGAGCUCACCACGGACGACAUCUCCCGCGCGAGCUCGCACUCGAUAAGAACUCAUCCAGCUCAUUCAGAAGCCUCUUGCAUCACACCAAGUCCUUCGACAUGGCCAUCAAAGUUGCCGGGUUUUACCACCUCAUCGGCCUGCAGGAGAAGAUAGAAGCACUCAAGGACGACAGGGAGGAGUCGGACCGCCUCGUGGACGCCCGCGAAAAACGUCGACAGCGCGCAAGGGAUCUAGCAGUUGUGCCUGCGCCGCGGAAGAUCCAUGCAGAGGCCCAGCGUCCAAAGGCGUUCCAAGACUUCAGACCGCCUCCUAUGAAGCACGCCCGGGAUUGGAACGAGCGACGCCGAUUUCAAUUCUCGGAAGACACGACUACUUUCGGCGCGUCUUUCGACGACACCGUCGAUGAUUACUCGUUCUCGUCCCCGGACGGCAAGAGGAAACGGGUAGAAGAGACGCAACCUGUCCGCGAGUAUCACUCCCCUGGAGUAGACAACGUCUCCAAGCGUCGUGCAGUUGAUGAACCAGUGCCACUAGUGAAAGCAGGUGCAUCGACAACACGUGCAAAUCCCUUCGCACGGAAAACCGGCGCAGAUAACAACCGCAAUCCAUUCACACGAAACGCCGACGUCAACAAGCCCCUGCAGAAAAGCGAGAGCUUCUUCUCGAAAGUGGACGCCGCUGAGACUGACAAGGCCAAACGGCCACCGCCAGGAAAGGGCAAGACCAGCUUGAAAGAGAAGGAUAAGAAGUCGGCAGGACGUCAGACGACGCUCUUCGGCUUGCCCCCCAAUCCGCCGACAGAUAAGCAAGAGAAGAAAUCGUCCGGGCGGAAGAAGAAGGCCACCGAGAGCCAGGCUGACUCACAACAGACCGAAGCAGUUGACGAUGACGAAACACAGACAACGGACGUGACCAUGGGCAACUUAGAGCCGGUUGAGGUAGACGAAGAUACACAGCCAGUAGAUGGAGAGGAGGACAUGGAAGUACAGCUGGAGGUGGAGACCAAAGCGGCUGCGAACGCGAAUGUGGAGUCCGGAGCCGAUGAAUGGCCACCGUCUCCGGUGCAUGAAAGCAGUGUCGUGGAUGUGGCUGCUGGGUAAUGACCGGGACCGAUGAGACAGAGCUUGGUGUAUGAUCAUACUAGUGGUU